GGCUUGUCUGGGCUGGGUGUGGACUUAAAAAGAGGGCUGGGUAAAAGUGGGCGGUAGUAGUUCCUAGUGUUUGUGCAUUUAGACUCUGAGUCUGAAAUUAGUAACCCUGAGAGCAAGAGGAAUUAGACUUGAAGAGACACACAGCCAUCAAACAGACCGUCAUCAUGCUGAUCCUCCUAGCUGGCAUCUUUGUCCUUCACAUCCUAGGCAUCAUCCUCCUCCUGGUGGCCACCAUUGACAAUGCCUGGUGGAUGACCGACACCAUCUCCACUGAUGUGUGGGCCCAGUGGAUCAAUAAAGCCGGAGUGUGGAACUACACCGACCUUCCCACGGGUUCACACUACCCACAGGAUUACCUCCAGGCGGUGCAGGCCAGCUCAGUGCUCGCUUGUAUAUUCUCCAUCCUGGGCAUCUUUGUGUUUGUGGCUCAGCUCUUCACUCUCGAGAAAGGACAGAGGUUCACCAUCUCCGGCGUCUUUCAGCUCCUCGCCUGCCUAUGCAUCAUGAUCGCAGCCUCCAUCUACACAGACCGCUUCCACCUUGAGGGAGCCCAAGGCUGGUACGGUCACUGCUACAUCCUGGCGUGGAUCUCCUUCGCCUUAACGUUCAUCUCUUCCAUCAUUUACUUUGUGCUACGCAAGAAGACAGCGUGAGAAGGACACUAGUGCUAGACUCCAACCAGCCCAAAAUCCUUUGGCUGGAUCUACUCUUUCAGCUGAAAUCUGGUUUUAGUUAUAGGUGGUGUAAACAGUGUUUAUAUACAUCAGAUUUGAGCUGCUAGUGUAUGUUCAGCUACAGAUAUAGCCGACCUGUUGAUCCUCUCAAAUAUGUACUUGUGUUUAAUUGAGUCCGCUGUCAGAUUGUCAGGAGUGUUUUGGGUAUUUCUGAAGUAAAAGGCAAACUCAAUCAAUCACAGUUGUAUUUGAGUGUAUUUUCAACCCAGAGUUUGGGCUGGAUUUCUGAGGCAUCUAAAGAUUAAGAAUAUUUUUGUUGUUAACUGAACAAAUUUGCCUUAUGAUAUAAGAUGCUAUGAUAAAUUAAGAUCUAUCAAUAUUCUGGCUUUUAACAAAAGCAGGUUGAAGAGUAAAAUCUGUGGUCCUUUUGUUGUUGUUGUAAUGUACAUUUACAUAUGGAUAUGAGUGUUGGAUAAAAAGGGGGAGUUUAUUAUUUUGUUCUCGUUAUUUUAUUGUUAGUUUCAUCAAUUCUAUUUCAUUUAUCUGCUCUGGUCUUACUUUAUAUAACGUGCCACUAAUUAAACAGCGUGAUGGCAUCGAUCAGCAAAGCUGUGCCUGUUUGAAGUCUCAAAAAUCUGUUCAAAAGUUCAUUCAUAUAUUGCCUGUUGCAGAUUUGUGUGUAAUCUAAUGAUAAGACAAUGUGAUGAUAUAAAAUCAGUCAAAUAAUACAGCUGAGUUUUGUAAUUAUCUGACAUCAAACUGGUAUAAGCGAGGAAGUGCAAUGCCAAAUCAUAUACAAACUCUUACACUACAUUACUGUACUGACAGUUGAUACAAAGCUUUUUUUAAAAUAGGUAAAAGUAAUGAACCCCAAACUAGCGGGACUUAAAAUUAUUUUUUGUUCUGUCCAUGAGAAAUGCAGCAAACACACCAAUAUAUUACAGAUUUUGAAUUCCACUAGUAUGUAUGAAACUUGCCUUUUUACCUAAAUUCACUAAUCAAAUAACUUGUCUGACUGUUAAUCCAACCAUAUACUGGUAAUAUCUGCUCUGUUUCCGCCCAGUGUGACAGAAAGGCACCUGCCUUGACUCUUGAAGCGUGAGAUAUACUAUGUAAAUAUGUUUUGUUUCCCAUAAUGCUCUGUAUGUCUAAUGCUGUUUUAUUUUUGCUACCGUUAUUUCUCAUUAUGGAUGGCAAUGACAAUGACUUUUACAAUAUUAAAACUUGAUUUUCAACCAAU